AUGGCAGAAAUCAAUUACAUCAAGCAAUUUCUUGAUCAGUCUUUCAAAAUUAAAGACUUGGGCACAUUGCGAUUUUUCUUGGGCUUAGAAAUUGCAAGAACUAGCAAGGGUAUUUUGUUGAAUCAAAGGAAGUAUGCUCUUGAAAUUUUAUCUGAUAUUGGUUUUUUAGCUUCUAAACCAGUAAAGACGCUCGUGGAUCAUUCUCUUAAGUUGCAACAGCAAGGAGGUGAGCCCUUUUCUGAUAUUUCUGCUUAUCGCAGACUUGUUAGCCGUCUUGUUUAUUUGACAACUACACGACCGGAUCUUAGUUUCGUGGUGCAACAAUUGAGUCAAUACUUGGCUCAUCCAACCAGUCUUCCUUGCUCCGCUAUAUCAAAGCAACUCUUGGGAUUCAGUGAUUUUGACUGGGCAGGGUGUAUUGAUACCAUACGUUUUAUCACUGGUUUUUGUAUCUUCUUGGGCAAUUCUUUGAUUUCGUGGAAAUCUAAGAAGCAGCAAACUGUCUCCCGUUCUUCUAAUGAAGCUGAAUAUCGUGCUUUAGCCUCGCAAAUCCCGCUUUCCAUGAACGCACUAAACAUAUCAACCUUAAUUAUCAUAUUGUUCGUGAAAAGCUCAAUAAGGCUUGAUCAAGCUGCUACCUAUUUCCACUUCUGCUCAGCUUGCCGACAUCUGUACCAAACCACUUUCUUCUGGUCCUUUUACUGCACUUCAAUUCAAGCUGGGAUUGUUCAACGUACAUGCUCCAGCUUGCAGGGGGUAUUGGAGUUGAUGUCAUGCAAAGAGAACGGAUGA